AUGUCGGAGAACGUGUUCAUUUCAUGUGUCAAGGCCUUUAUCGACCAAGGUGAGCCUAUUCCAGCCAAAUACCCAGUCAAGUGGGAUGCCCACACAUGGUCUGUUCAGCAGACAUGA